AAGAACGAUUUGAUCUAUUCCUAUGAAAACAGGCCAGGCAAACACCCGUCAAUCAAAUGUGAAGUUUGGCUCGUUAUGUGGCCAAACUGACAAAUCCAACAGUCUACAGGCCCUGAAGGCAACAUCAGGCUGUCAGACAGCGGAGGAUGAUUCAAGAAUAAAGGGGGGUUCUUUGGGGGACCCGUCCGUGUUGUCUCACUUUGGGUCCAGAGCCCCUCUCGUCGGUCACGCUCGGGUUUUCUACAAAACAUUUGGUAUUUCAUGUUCCCAAAUAAUCAGUGAAUGCCACGCAGCUCCAGGCAGGAACAUGUCAACCUGCUCCAGCUUGAUCUGCGUAGCGGACACUACAUUAGGUACACCUAACAAAGCCCAAAUUGCCUAUGCUCUGCACCCCGCCUCUCCUGGAGCUGGUGGAGGUAACCCAAACCUGGGGAACGACUGUCAGAUGAUGCUGAGGUGGACACCACCCACGGCUGACCUUUACAUUCCAAACUCAUCACCUUGAAGCAGACCGAGGAGUUCCUCCAUGACGUUUAUUGAUGUGACGUAAGUAGCACAUCAAGCGUCACAUACUUAAUCGUCACGUCACGUCGAGUAGACACGCGCACCGGCUGACCUGUUGCCUUCGGGGCGUCGCAGCGUUCUUCUCGGCGUCUUCGGGGCCGCUUCCCGGGGUUCCGCUCGCGUCCGCCAUCCGCAGCUCCGGCUCCUGCUCCGGCUCGGCGGCGAUCGUGCUGUCGGCGGAUCCGUCCACCAGAGCCGCGUCCACCAUCUCCAGUUGUUUGCACCGGAGCAGCUCCAGCUCCAGCACCCCGGCCAGCGUCGCCUUGAGGCGCUCCCCGAUGCGGACGCGCUCGCUUCCCGACCACAGCGAGUUGACGCAGCCGCGAUGACCGGCCAUCCUCGCUCUCGGCCCGGGCGGUUCCGCUCAGUUUCAGCGAGCAAAGAGGGGCGACGGUCCGGCUGGCAGGAAGCGCGUCCGGGCGAGGGAUUGCAGCAUAGCAGCCGCCUAGCCGAGCGCCGCCUCCCGCCGAAUAGACGAUGUACGCGUCCGGUCCAUCAGCUGGCUUCGGUUUGUUUUAACCCGCGAAUGACGUCGUGUUGUCGGCCAACUGUGUCACGAGCGCCGGUCGCCUCGGUGCCAGGCGGGCUGCGGCGGUCGCAGUGAGACAAUGCAACACCCGCACAACGUGGGAGAGGGCAGCGGUGGAGGGGCGGGGCCAAUGCGCCUCCGCCGCUCUGCUAUUGGCUGACAACUUUUUCAAAUCGAGGAAACAAACAUGGCCGACUUUGAGCGUGCAAACCGGCCCCAGCGUGACCCCCCCCAUAACCCCCCCACAUUCCAGCAGAGCUCCCAUGGAGAUAGUGUGCCUGAGCAAGUGACCUCAUCCCGGGGGUCUGUUUUAUGUUGCCCCGGCCUUUUGUGUGCGGAGGUGACGUUUCUAGCGGACGCGAUUUGAUGUGACAUCCGCUGUGAACGUGGAGACAAACCGGGGACAACAUCCUGUUGCCGUGUGUUAUUAUUGUUGUUGUUGUUAUUGUUAUACCAAAACAUGCUUUGUUGUGUCUUUCCAAUGGACGCCCCGAGAGCCAGGAGAUACCUUAUGUAUCGUGCCGUCAUUGUUAUGCCCGUUGGGUUUUUCCUCCGUUGUUAGAAACCAAUGUUUGUGCUUUGACAACUCUAUUUAGUGCCAACAUUUUCAUGAGAAAAAUAAGGCAUUUGAUUCGAAAGCAAAUUAUUUAAAAACACUCAAAACUGACAUGUAUUUAUUUAUAUAGUCUUUUCUUAUUUUAUUCUUAUCCCGCUGUCUUGCUUUUGUAUUUUUUACUAUCUUGUAGAGAGCUGCUUGAGACGUGAAUUUUUCUUGGAGAUCAAUAGCGUCUGGAUCGAUCGAUCGAUCUGGUUUUUUAUGUCAUCUAUCCAUUGGAGCUAAUCCAGCGUCAAUACCGACAUUCAACCAGCAGAUGGCGGCAUUGGACACCAAAAUGGACGAGUAGGACCUUCGACCAGUUUAGUAUUAGUUGUUUCAGGUUUAGACUUUGGAAUUAGGAUUUAGUAUUUGUGUUAAUUGUAGACUUUACAAUUAGGGUUUAGUAGUAUUGCGUCGUGUUUAGACUUUGGACUAAGGGUUUAGUGUUUGCGUUUAGUUUUUAAUGUCAGCAUUCAAGUGUUGGAAUGUUAGCGUUUACAUUUGGGAAUUAGUUUUUACUGUUGGUGUUUUGGGUCUGGUGACGAGGGUCCAGCGGGUGCCCAGUGAUUAACGCCAGCAUUCGGGUCUUGAAUGAGGGUCCGGUGUGGUCCUCAGUGUGUCUAACGUCAGCUUUUAGAGUUUGAACUUGGGUUUAGCUCCAAACGCUGACUCGUAAUUCCAAAGCCUGCAGACCAACAUGGAGAUGAAGACGUCCUGUCAUGUGGUGUAUGACCCCAUUCUUGUCCCCCUCGUGGUCUGGGUGUCUCCUGCUGCUCAUGUGGGCGUGAAAGUGCUGCCCAAGUCCCACAAGGCUGUGAGAAUGCUCCGCUAGCUAACCAGUACGUGUGAAUCCCCCACUGAGGACCAGGCCGGUCUUGGACUCCUCCCCGGGCUCUGUCCUAUAAAGACCCCCUGGACCCCGUCUCUCAUCGGGGUUUGCCAACUUCCACCCGAGGGGACGUCAGCGUCAGCGUCAGCGAAGGACCUCCGAGCAAACCACCCAAGCAACAUGGCGCCUUUUGAGAAGUCCAUGGAGAUGAUGCCCUUCAAGCAGAGGAAGUGUUUGGAGACCAGGAAAGAUGAAGUGUGCAGCAUUCGAUCCAAAUUCCCCAACAAGUUACCGGUGAUCGUGGAGCGUUACAUGCGUGAAAAGUCCCUCCCUCUGCUGGACAAGACCAAGUUUUUGGUUCCCUUUGAGCUGACCUUAGGACAGUUCCUGUGCCUGCUCAGGAACAAGAUCGACCUGGAAUCCACCCAGGCUCUCUUCUUGCUGGUGGCCGAGAAGAGCAUGUCCUGCAUGUCCUCCAGCAUGGGGGAGGUCUACUCUCGCUACAGAGACCCCGACGGCUUCCUCUACAUCACGUACGCCUCACAGGAAAUGUUCGGGGGAAGGCCGCCCUGCUGAGCCGUCAAGCUCAGGACGCCCGUUGUGGACAUUGUCAAACCUUUUGGACGGGACCAGGGCUGCCCCGUGAGAUGUUGGUCCAUCACAUCUCCUGGGAUCCCAGCGCCGUCUUCUACUUUGGAUUCAGGACAAAGUGAAGGAAAAACGUGUUUUUCCUCAACUCUUCCAUCUCACGUGCGCUGCUGCUGACGCCGGCGCCUCCGCUGUGCACAAAAGCAGCGCAGCGUCCUGCCGCUCUCCCGUCCUUGCUAGCACUUCCUCUCGCUUCUCCUGGCCUCCUCCCACAUGUCAGGACUUUGGGCCACUUUGACGUCU